AUGGCACGAACAUACAGCGAUGCCAUCGCAUCGCUCAACAGUCUUCAGACGAACUUUGCGAUUGUAGAUGCUAUACGCAAAUCGGGUCGAAAGAUGAAUGAACAAGCGAUACCCGAAAUGGUAGAAUGGUGUCGCAAGAUUGGCUAUCAACCUUCAGAUUUUGACAAGCUGAACACCAUACACAUCGCCGGCACCAAAGGGAAAGGCUCAACGUCAGCAUUCAUCUCCUCAAUCUUGACGAAGUACCUGGGUACAAAGUCUACCAAAGAUGGCAGGAUACUGUCGAAGGUGGGCCUGUAUACCUCACCUCACCUCCGAUUUGUUCGAGAAAGAAUUCAGAUCAAUGGGGAGCCACUGAGUGAAGAGAAAUUUGCGCGAUACUUCUUCGAGAUAUGGGACAGGCUGGAAAGAGCUGCGGAAGAGACCGGACAAGACCCCAAAGCUUCAGGCACAAAGCCCGUCUACUUUCGUUUCUUGACCCUAAUGGCCUUUCAUACCUAUGUGAGUGAAGGCGUCAGUGCUGCAGUAAUCGAGUGCGGAAUAGGUGCGGCUUAUGACAGCACCAACGUCCUCCAACGACCGUCCGUGACAGGCAUUACGAGUCUGGGCAUUGAUCACGUAGGAGUCCUUGGUGCAACGCUGGGGGAGAUUGCAUGGCACAAGGCUGGUGUGAUCAAAGUAGGAGCGAAGUGUUUCACUACAACCAGUCAACUACCAGAAGCCAAAGAAGUCCUGAACAGAGUCGCACAGGAAGUCGGCUCAGAGCUUGUUUAUGUUGACGUCGACCAGAGGAUCACUACUGGUCAGAUUCAGCUCGGGCUUGAGGCUGAGUUCCAGAAAACCAAUGCGAGCCUAGCAUUGGCCAUUAGCAAGGACUGGCUCCAGAAGCACGGCUAUGACAGUAUGGAUGACAACGACUCCAGACAACGUCAAGGUCUCCAGGACGUCAAAUGGUCCGGCAGGUGCGAGACUCGCUAUGAGAAAAACCUCACAUGGUACAUCGACGGUGGACAUACUCUCGAAAGUAUCAAUCUAGCUGGUCAAUGGUAUGCUGCCACGCAGAAAGAACGUCGUCAGACGCAUGCGAAACGCUACUUGGUCUUCAACCAGCAAACCCGAGAUGCGAAUGCACUUGCUCACGCACUGCACUCUACCCUUGCGACAACCCUUCAAGACUCGCAUCCUUUCACCCAUACUAUAUUCUGCACGAACACGACAUUCAGGGAUACAGGGUAUAGACCUGAUUUAGUCAGUACUAACACGAAUGCAUCGGACGUUGAGGCUCUUACGGUUCAAAGAGGACUUGCAGAAACGUGGAAGAAGAUCGAUUCAGAGGCGGAGGUGAGCGUUGUAAGAACUAUCGAAGAGGCUGUCGAUCUCGUGAGGCUGGCUGCCAGCACUCAAGAACAGGUCACGGCAUUCGUUACAGGAAGCUUACAUCUUGUGGGGGGCUUUUUGGAAGUCAUCGAGAGUGACAAACCAUGA